CUUUACUGGAUUAUCGCAUGCACAUAGAACGCGAGUUGGCGCUAUGCAAUUGUUGUGCAUGUAGCUAUUGCGGUACUAGGUCUAGGUGGUCGUGGAGCUGGAGAUUCAAUAUGCUGAGAGGGGCAUUGAAUAUUCAGAGGUCGUCGAUACGGCUUCUGCAGACAUCGGCAGUAUGUCACAAGGUUGUAGCAGGUAGAGUGAGGGUUAGUAAAGGAGAGAAACCAGUUACAUAUGAACAGUCCAACCCUCCCCAUUACAUUGGUGUCAGAAAGAGCUGGAACUCAAAACACACAGCAAAUUUGGAAGGAGAAAUAGACACUGCAGAUCGAACUCUGGAAGACCUCUUCAUUAGAAAAUUCAUGUAUGGGACAUUUCACAAUUGCAUGGCGACAGAGAUAGUCAUAAAGCGAAGAGCUAAUCAAAUCUUCAUCGCUGCCAUCAUGCUACGAAACCAAGCCCCGCAGAAGUAUUACUUUUUGAUAGGAUAUACAGAAGAACUGCUUUCUCAUUGGUUCAAGUGUCCUGUGAAAUUAGAAGUUCAGGUCGUGGAGGACAAGCCUGUUUAUAAGUGGAUAUGAAAGAGCUUGUGAAUCCGUAAACUCUUUUUUAUAAUUCUCUCUGACUGAAUAUUUUCUACAGGAGAGUAUAAGUAUGCAUAAUGCAACCUUCCAUGAGUCAAAGUAUAUACUAUAGCCUUAUGUCAAGCCAAUUUUUUGGUGCAGUUUAUCCAAAGUGUGUUUUUUUCUCCUCUGUGAGUUUAUUUCACUGAAGUCAAGACUGAUUGUUGGAUUAGACUUAGGGCAGACUCACCUUUCAACCUACCGGUUUAAUACUAGUUGACUAGAUCUGCAAAGUAUGUACUGACCUAUAUGCAAUGUACGAGAUAUGUCGCCUUCUACUGUUUCUUAAAGCUGGUAAUUACGAGGUAAUUGUUUGAGGGAAAAUUGAUGAAGUAAAAGACUGAGAGACAACAGAUUCUUAAUUUAUUGUAUUUUGUAUUUGGUCAAAUUUUGAUAGAUCUGUAUUUGCUCAUAUGGCAAAUACUAACUACCAAUUGGGGGAAAGCUGACUAUUGAUCUAACUGAGAUUCUUCAUAUAUGUAACUUUGAGGCCCAGGGGGGCAGUCAAAUGUAUUGCCAUCACAUGCCUGACCCAAAAACACAUUUAAAGGGGUGUUUUUUUUAUGUUUUGGACGUGGACCGCAUGUG